AUGAGGGUACGCACAAAAAAACGAGUCAUUCCACAAUGGCAAAACGAAAGCGUCAUUGUGGUUGAAAACGAACACCCACUUCGAAUGCUGAGAAAUAGAAUCGGGAUAUUUACUAGAGGCUCCCAUUCAAAUACAAUUUCCCCAUCAAAGUGUCUCAAAGCUAAAAAAGAAGAAAGCAGCGAAAAAAGUGUUAUCCCACCAAUUGUGGGAAGGAUCGACCUGAAUAGCUCACCAAUCAUAGCAAGAAAAAGUGCCUCUUGCUUGAUUUCUAUUAAAAAGGUUUCUGACUCCAUACCGACCAAUGAUCUUUCUGGAUUUGGAACGGCCUGUUCUCGAUCUGCCUCCAUUUUAAAAUAUGAUGUAGUAGACCCUUUUAAACUGCAGCACGAAUCCAUACUGAAACUACUGGACCCAGAUGUCCCUGAGCAUGGUAUUACCAGAUAUAGUGAUGAAUGGUCAUUUUCUGAGCAUUCGGGGUUAUCUUCGCUCUCCGAUUGA